AUGAAACUGCUCAUCACAAGCCGACCCAUUGUGGACAUCAACAUUGAGCUUGGAGACACUUACAUGGAGUUUAAGGCCAGACCUAAGGACCUCGGAAUUGUUAUCGAGGGUAGAGUCACAGAGCUUCGUCAUUUUCCUGCAGAUCUAAAGAAUAACUCCUCAACGAAGAUGAUGGCCUAUGCUGUCAAAAAGGAGGAGGAGCUGCCUCUAGCCUCACUGCCGCUAAUCCUCCCAGCCGUCACUCCGGGGCUGUUGAGACGAACACAACGCGAAUGUCUCGUAGCAAAUGCAUCGCCAAGAGAUGACAGUAUCAUCAGGCUCAUUACCGAAUCGCACUUUUAA